AGUCAUUCUGCAAGACAUUUCCUGUUUCUCGAGCACGGAUCCGUAGUAAUGACAGCAAAAUAACUACAUUUUUUUUCUCCACCCAUCCAUUUUCUCCCCCAAAUGUCUAAACUACAACAGAUCAAUGUGUUUCUCAACGAAACAUUAACAGCAGUUCCUUUGGAGAUAUCCGUGGUAGUUAAAAAAACGAUCGCAGAGUACCAGGAAGAAAUCUACGGUUUGAAACGGGCGAAUGCACGUCUACGAAGACUGCUGGAUUUGGUUUUCAAACCAGAGAUAAAGUUGCGUAGAUUAGCAGACCUCCAGCAGCUCACUCUCACUGGAGAGGUUGUUAACCCUGAGCAACAGCACUAUGAGCAGGAAUGGAGCGCCAGUUUGGGGCCCGUCGAGUCUGAUGCCGAAGAGUCUAUAUGGAACUCUAUCAACAUUACAACUGUAGAGAACCAAACAGAAUUUGAUGGUGAGCGCUACAGAGAGUCCGACUCAACCAGUGAAUAUCAGCCCCCAUCUGAAGUAAAUCCAGAGAGUGACAACGACGAAAGUGAUCAUGUAAAAGAGGAUGAAGUGGAGAAUAGAAUACGACUGUCACGGUUAACGCCUCUUAAAUCAAAGAGAGGAAGAGGACGGCCAAGGAAAGAAGCCAGGGAGUUGCCUGAUCUGAACUGUGACUUGUGCGGAAAAUGCUUUGCGACAGCGGGUGGUCUGAGAAGGCAUCAACAAAAUGUGCACGGUGAAGAGAGACCGAGAGGACGGCCAAAGAAAGGAAACCGUGAGUUGCCUGACCUGAAAUGUGAUGUGUGCGGAAAAUGCUUGGCGACAGCACGUAGUCUGAAAAGGCAUCGACAAAAUCGGCAUCUUGACGAGAGACCAAGAGGACGGCCAAGGAAAGAAACCAGUGAGUUGCCUAAUCUGACAUGUGACGUUUGCGGAAAAUGCUUUGUGACAAGACGUGGCCUACAAAUGCAUGGGAAAAAUAGGCACAGUGAAGAGAGACCAUACAUGUGUGACAUAUGUGGACAAGGUUUCGUCCUGAACUGCUACCUGAUCCGCCACAUGAAGACUCACACGGAGGAGGGACAACAUUGCUGUACCAUAUGUGGCAAAUGUUUCAAUCACAAGAAUAACCUGAAAAAUCAUAUGGGUACUCAUACAGGGCCGGCUUUUAAAUGUGAUUUGUGUGGAAAAUGCUUGACAACAAAAGGAAGUCUGAAACUCCAUCAGCAAAAUCACACUGGGGAGAAAUCCUAUCCAUGCAAAGAGUGUGAAAAAUCCUUCAGCAUAAAGGCAAGCCUGAUAUUGCAUAUGAGGACUCAUACAGGGGAGAAACCAUUCCGGUGCAAAGAAUGUGGCAAAUGCUUCAGUGACAAGGGAACCCUUACAAAGCAUAUGAUGACUCACACAGAGGAGAAACCACAUCGCUGCAAUGAAUGUGGCAAAUGCUUCAGUCUGAAGGGAAGCCUGACUGCGCAUAUGAAGGCCCCAGGUGACAGCUGAGGGAGGAAGUGCAACUGCCAUCACCAGAGUCCGAAGGGAUACAUUCUAACAACAAGCAUAUCAUAGAAGCAUAUUAUGCAGAUAAGACAUCUUAAUUAUCUAUGUUACCUAACUAAUUCUGAUUCUUCCGCCACAGCCUUCAGCAAGUAUUCAUACCCCUUGACUUUUUUUACAGCUUGAAUUAAAAAUGUAUUAAAUGUAACUUUUUUUGUCACACAAUACCCCAUAAUGUCAAAGUGGAUUUAAAAGCUGAAAAUGUCUCGAGUCAAUAAGUAUUCAACCUCUUUGUUAUGGCAAGCCUAAAUAAAUGUAGGAGUAAAAAUGGAAGCCUGUACAAAACAAAAGUAUUCCAAAACAUGCAUCUUGUUUGCAACAAGGCACUAAAGAAAUACUGCAAAAAAUUUGGUAAGCAAUUCACUUUUUGUCCUAAAUACAAAUGUUUAUGUCUGAGCACAUCCAAUACAACACAGCACAUUACUACCACGUUACUACCACUCUCCAUAUUUGCAAGCAUAGUGGUGGAUGCAUAAUGUUAUGGAUAUAAAUAAAGAUAUUCAGUAUAAAAAAUGUAAGCCACAGGCAAAAACGUAGAGGAAAACCUGGUCCAGUCUGCUUUCCACCUGACACUGGGAAAUUAAUUCACAGGAGGACAAUAACCUAAAACACAAGGUCAAAUCUAACCUGGAGUAGUUUGCCAAGAAGAUAGUGAAUGUUCUCACAUGGCUAAGUUCCAGUUUUGUCAAAUCUGCUUGAAAAUCUAUGGCAAGACCUGAAAAUGAUUGUCAAGCAAUGAUCCACAACCAAUUUGACAGGUUUAAGAAUCAUUUUUGAAAGAAUAUUGGGCAAACAAACGUUGCACAAUCCAGGUGUGGAAAGCUCUUAGAGACUUCCCCAGAAAAACUGACAGCUGUAAUCACUGCCAAAGGUGACUAACAUGUAUUGACUCAGGGGGUUGAAUACUUAUCGAAUGAAGAUAUAUUAGUGUUUUAAUUUGUCAUACUCUACAUUAAAAAUAAAAUAAAAAUGGAUUUACAUUUUUCUUCCACAUUGACAUUGGAGGAUUUUGAGUAGAUCUUUGACAAACAAUGACAUUUAAAUCAAUUUCAACCCUACUUUGUAACACAACAAAAUGUGGAAAAAGUCGAUGGGUGUGAAUACUUUCUGAAGGCACUAUAUAUAAAUAUAUGAAAUACUUUUGUUUAAUUUCUAGCAUUCAAAAUAAUAGAGAUCUCUAAAUCCCCCAAACAUGUUACUACUGAGACUAGCCAAGUUCUUUAAACAAUGCAUAAUCCUAUAGCUUUGCAGUAUAAAUGACUUGCAUUGUGUUUUAUCAUUGAUAAACAGUUGAAUAUAAACAAAAACAUGUAUAAUGUGUGACUAUUGGUCAUUUUAAAGUGAUUUUCAUGGUUACAAAGGUGUAUGGUGCAAAUGCCCAGGAAUUCAUUAAUGACCCAACUUAUGAAUGCACAACUAUCUUACGCUAUCAUAUUCCAAAAUAUAAGGUAUCUCAGUCGUAUAGAAACAACAAGAAUGAAAACAAGCACUGAAUAGCUUCAAAAUAUGUUAAAAAUGAUUGUGUGGAUGUCAGUCUUUGUAUCCAUAGUGCUGCCUAGGUAUUUGAGAGGAGCUAUAGCCAACAUUCUUCUAGCCCCAUCUCUCAGCUGUUUACUAAAACAUGGAAUGGGAACCACAUUUUGUUGUUUUUCGAAUUGCAGUCUAAAGCUUUAAGGUGGGUAUUAAUAUAUUCCUAAACCUGCUAGUCCAGGUAGUGAAUCAAAGUUUGUCUGACAUUUUAAGACCUAUUAAGUAAGUGCAGUGUCAAGAUUAAACCAAAUUCCGCAACAUCGGUCGCGUAGUUCCAGCUACAUUUGUCCAUCUCAAACGCAUGGGAAAGAAAACACUGAAUAAAACCAUUACAACUUUACAGAAGAGUCUCAAAGAGCUUCAAAAGCAAUGUCAUCUUGAUGAUAUGGUUUGAUGACUGGCUAGGUUAUUUUCUUUACGCAACCUAUACAAUCAUGAGAAUUAUGACAAUGGUUAUGAUAUGAUAAUGACUAUAUUGAUGUUUAGUCAUGUUAUGAUAAUCUACAGUAUGCGAUGAUCAAUGAAAAUUAUGUUAAACUAUGUACUGUACCUGGAACCCUGACUGAAUAUUAAAUAGGGUCAUUCUAUAUGAAUUCAAAACACAUUUUUUACCAUUUCCAAUUUGAUUUGAACAAAACUUUCCAUACAUGUUUGCCUAUGGUGGGAAGUGGUCAGAAAGCUUUUUGGACCUGAAUGCCAAAACAUUCAGGAGAUAGUGCUCAAAGUUAACCCAUUUUGCCAACCCCAUUGGUCAAGCCCUAUGGCGCUAUAAAGGCAGCAUCACUCCUGUAAAACUUUUUUUUUUUUCUACUCAGUUUAUUAGGUACACCACCCCAUUCACGAAAAUGCUACGCUCCAGUCCUUGUCACGGAUUGGCUAUUGCAGCAGAUGACCACACCAGUUUCCACUCCUAUCAGCUAAAAAUCAAGAAGAAGGGGUUCCAGUGAGUACGCGAUCAACAACACUGGGAAAUAGAGGAGUGGAGAAACAUUGCCUGUUCCAUCGAAUCCCGGUUCUUGUUGUGUCAUGCUGAUGGCAGAGUCAGGCUUUGGCAUAAGCAGCAUGAGUCCAUGGCCCCAUUCUGCCUGAUGUCAACAGUACAGGCUGGUGGUGGUGUUGUAAUGGUGUGGGGAAUAAUUUUCCUGGCACAUGCUCACUCCCCAACACCAACGUGUAUCUGAACAUUGUUGCUGACCAAGGGCAUCCUGCAUCCAUGGUUGCAGGGGGUCUCAUCCGGUACUAGAUGUGUACCUAAAAAAAACUGUCCAUUGAGUGUAUAUAAUUAUAAAAUAUUAAAGCCACCAUGGCAUUUUAAAUCUGUCAAGCAAGUCAGAUGGAUGGUUGGUUUGGCAUGCUAGCUAACUAGGUAGCAUGUUAUGUUUUGAUUUGAAGGUUGAGGUUGAGCGGACAAGGCCAAAGUAAGGGUACAAGCAGAGAUGGCAGAGUUAUGCGCAAAUGCUCGGGAAGGCUACUUUGGACUACCGCUGAGCCUUCCACUGCCAGGGCAUCACCCAAGUGUGUGCUAAGUGAUCAGUGGUGGUCGAGGAGUAGCUGGCUACCUACCGGCAACAGAGACCAGACUUUGCACUGUGUAACGGCUCUGGGCAACAGUCAUCAUUGCCUCAAGACCGGACCCGUCUGACCGAGGCUUAGCCCUGCCUAUGACCGUGAUGCAUCCGAUCCGCUCUCUCCCUCCUCACAUGGACAUUUCCCUUACAAAAAAUUCAUAUGAUAACAUGUGUUUCAAAUGUGAUCUCACAUGAUCGCAUGUGAUCUUAUGUGAAGUUAAUGUAAUAACGUGACAACAUGUAAAAGCAACAUGUGGUAACAUGAAACUACACAUGUAAAAACAUGAUCUCAUGCGAAAUGUGACAACAUGGGAUGCAAAAUUACAACCAUCUGAGUUAGUUUUUCACAUGUGGAAGUGUGCAACCUAUAUUCACCCACUCGAAAAGACAGCCAAAAGUUAGUUGAAUUUCCAAUGUGUCAUCACUAUGCUUUCAACCAUCUAAAAGCACAACCAAAUUCCAAUGGAAAAACAAUGUGUGAUUUUUUUGGUUUAUACAACAGAUGAAUGUAUUAUGACUGUGCUUCAUCUAAUAGCAGAACCAAAUGACCUGGAUUGCAGUUGAGAUUUGCAUUAAAAGUAACCUUGAACAUGCACACUUUAUAUAAUUACAUAAGAAGACGUAAAAAAUGUGGUCAUGGAUGUUGUUACUCAUUUUGAAGGUUGAAUGUUACAUUCGUUUGUAAGACAGCCUUAACUUUAUGCUAUUUAAUGUAUUACAAAAGUAAUAUUGAAUUGUGUUUGGUUGUCAAUACAACCAAAUAUCAACAAUUAAUAAAAGGAGAUGUAUCUUCUGCUUGGAUAGAUCCAUCUGUGCCACUGA